UGCAUGGUUAAAUCAUAGAGCUAUUUUAAACGGUAUCUCUCGGCAAAACGGUGUACUUUGCCUCAGCUUUGCGAAUGGAAAAAUGGCAAACAUGUCUGGAAAGGCUAUGAUUAUUAGUUUUUCUUUAACUUUUUUACUCGGAGUAGUGAUGGGAUACAAAAUAAACUCAUGGUAUAGGCGGUAUCUCCAGAACAAAAGGGACAGGUUGAAUCGGAAAGCAUUUGAUAUCCAGAAGCAACUAACAUCACAAUAAAGCUAUACGAUGCACCGUGUUCUCUGGGUGUAAACACAAUACAGACCCUGUGCUAAACUAUGGAACAGGAGUUGAUGAGCAAAGGCCAUGUGACCAAUGAAGCCUUGUGGCCAGAUUCAACAUCUUCUAGUCAAAAUCAGGUCAGUAGAGCUGGCUGUGAGUCAGUGCAUGAGGCAGCCGAUCUUCCUGACCAAUGCUCAACUAUAGAUGAUGAACCUUCCUCUCAUAUGGACUUUAUGCCCUCAGAUCCACACACUCCUUCCCCUGUACAAAUCCAAGGAGAGCAACUUGUCAAUGAGCCACUGGUUUCUCUUGGAAACGAACCUUGUGUAGGACUGUUCAUCCCACCUAAUGAAGAUGAAGUUGACGUUGUAUCAGUUGAUGGUAAUCGCAACAACCGUUCUCCUUUCCACCUUCUUGAAAUAGAGCAAGCAGCAGAGAAUGCCAUUACAAGGCAUAUCUUCAGACAGCCUGCACAAACACCUGUGGAAUUCGAUCCAGUUCGUGAAACAAGUCAAGACACCAUCCCUGAUCCCAUGAUGGCAACCCAGGCACAGGAUUUAGACUAUAACAUGAUGUCAAUGUCGACAUCACCUCAAAAUCCUUUUCAAAGUGAACCACUCUUUUCAGAGAUUCUCAGCGAUACCAAUGGAUUAGAGGACUUUGGUGGUGUGCAGCACCAAUCUAUGAAUACUAAUAUUCUUCAGUGUUCCGAAGGAGAGAGUAGAAGAACAGAAGGAUGUAAGAACAAUGGCAGAGACUCUGCAUUGCAUGUAUCUAAUGAACUUGAGGAAGAAAGUGCUACAAGGAGGAGAAAACAUGGCAAUGUAAAUAAAAUAUUGAAGAAAGAUACGAUGUGGGCAAUAAAUCCUGGUAAGCGAGAUAGAACACCUCCAGUUGUAGAAGAAUCACUUCUUCAUCAAUCAGGUAAUGGUGAGUUAGUAUCGGGGUAUCAUGCUCUAUCUCCAUCUUUCACCGUAAGUCAGAACUCUGCAUUUGAAGCUCGUGCUGCACAUUCCUUCUCUGAUGCAGAUAGUACUUCAUCUGCUUUAGCCAGUGAGACCGGCGAUGGAAGUGUUACUAGACAACCCAUGGGUGAGGUCAAGAUUCCAUGUAAGAUCUCUUUUGAGGGUCGGGAACUCGGUUGCUUAGAUACAUCUGAUGUGGAAUCACAGUUCUCCUUCAGCAGUCAUGGUGCCACAAUAGGAUCAGACACUGUGCGAUCCAUGUCUCGUGCUGGUGAUGUGACCACCAUUGUGGACUCAAGCAGUGAGGAAGAAUCUGAUGUGGACAUUGUGACUCUUGAUGAUUCCAUGAACUGCACAGAUUCAAGUGGUUAUGGUUAUGGAAGUACAGCAAUGUCAGACUUUGAUGUCAUUGACCCCAAUCUACCAAGUACAAGUGGCUUGCCAUUGACACCAAGCAGACAAGGAAAAACAAAGAAGAGAAAUUGGUGGGAAGCAGAGACCAGUUCUGAUGCGGGUAAAUCUGAUAAAGCUGGACCAUCCAGACCAAGAUCAGGAGGUUCUGGUCAAGGCAAAAGUCCAGUUGUAGUUGAACUUCUUUCUUUGUCCAGUGAUAGCAGUAGUGAUGACGAAGUGGAGGUCAUUGACCUCAGGAAGGAUUACUCUAUGUACAAGAGCAACCCAAAUCAGCCCCACAGUAGAGUGAAAUCUCGCAAGAAAGAAUCAAGAUCACCAGUCAUUGUUGACCUUACUGAAUCUGAUGGGGAGAUUGAAACAAGCAGCAGUUCAACUGAAGCCCACCCUUCCACAUCUUCCUCUGGCAAGCAUCUACCGAGUGGAAUACACUGUCAAGCAGCUCAAGACACCUCUAGGAAUGAUGAUGCUCAACGUGUAAUCUCACCCAUUUCACCCCUCAUGAAUACAUAUUCGAAUGGUUCCCAUGACAACCAUUCUACCGCUGCACCAGGAUCGGCAUCUUCAUCGUCUCUGUUGGCAAGGAAUUGCAGGGGAUGCCACAGCUCAAGGAGACACCAUCACCAUCACCAUGCAGUCAGCAGGCCUUCCUGCCAGCAUCCUGGUAUGUCAUGUAGCAGGGUCAACCAACAAGGUCAAGCAAAGGAAAGCAUUGGAUGCCUCAGAUCAGCAUUCUCUUCCACCAGACAAUCCUGGGAACAACCUGAAACUGGAGAGACAACACAUAAUGCUUCAGAGGAGGCUCAUGUAUCAUCCAGUAGCCAAGAUCAAAGUGAAACCCACAGACAGUCUUCAAGCUCCUCAUCUUCCUCUUCCUCCAACUCCCUCCUCCAGCGUGCUCUGGGUUAUGUUCCUCUGUUUGAGCGGGGAUCGGACACCAGUGGUGCUACGUCGGGGACGACAGCCCAGUCCCAAGCCCAGGACUCCCAGCCUCCUGCGGUAUCGGCUCCAUCAUCCACGGCUGCUUCCAUACUGCUGAGAUCACAGUAUAUGGAUGGUCGUCAUAUGAUGAGAGAUGGGGGUAGUAGGUUCCAGGCUAGGUCAGGACUCUUUAGCUGCUCUCUUCAUGGACCAGGCAGACAGCAUGUUGUCUUGCCAAAUAGAGGUGACAAGAGAGGACACGGCAGUAGAGUACAUGGAAGCCAACAGAUUGGACACCAGCAUCAUCACCACUUCCAUCCACAUCAUGUUCAUCCUUCUCACUCCUCUUCGUCCUCUUCCUUAACAUCAAAUUCCUCAUCUUCAUCAUCAGCUCUCGGACAGCAGCAUGCCUCUGGUCCUGCGAGACCAAUACCACACAAUCCUUCACACUCUAUACAACAACAGCAGCAGCAGCAGCAACAACAACUGAAUCAACAACAGCAGCAACAAGCACAGCAUCAGCAACAUCCAAGUGUCGGUUCACAGGUUGCGAGUCCUGCUUCUCCUCCGCCAGCACCCUUUCAUAUUCCUGGUACCAUGCCAGGUACAAGCCAUGUUCAGCACCCUAGACCACACCCCCUUCAACUGGUAGCUGAGAUCCAGCUACCUCAACAGACCCCAUCGGCAUCUGUUACCCACCAGCAGCUUAGACAGAGACAGCAGUACUUGGUGGAGUUACAACGUAGGUGUCUACAGGUCCAGCCAGUCCAACAAGUGGCACACAGAGCAUACCCACGCACCAGGCCUCGCAUGCCGGAAUUAAGCUUUCCUCCAGAUGUGUUGCCAAGACAUGUUCAUUGUCAGCAACAGCAGCAGCAACAACAACAGCAGCAGCAACAACAGCAGCAGCAACAGAAUGAAUCUGACCAAACUGCGCAGUCGCAAUUGCCUCCAGAGCAGUCUCGUCCCCGCCCCGAACAGAUGAAUCAGCAACGGCCAACGUUGGGUACAACAAGGGAGCUUCCAAGACCAUUUUGUCAUCCACCACCAACAGCAAGGCAACCAGUUCUUCAUUCACAAAGGGAGACUGAGCUUGGUACAGGAGUGGGCCCAGAUGGCAGGCAGCAUCAACAUCGUCAUUUACAUCAUCACCUUCACCACUAUCAUCACAAUGCACCCCACCCUCACCUUCAUACACCAAACAUGUCUGGUACUACAGUUGCUCCCCUUAUAUCCAACUUGCUUGUACCUGAUAUUCCCCCUAUCCAUACUGGUCAUCCGUUCUAUGCCCAAGCUCAUCCACUCUCUGUUAUGAGGGCUCUGAGGGUUAGCCCUAUGUAUGAGGAGUUGGUUCAAUUAGGGGAACACCUUGGCCAGGUGAACAGAGGAGCUUCCAGGAGCAUCAUAGAGAGAAAUACCUUACCACAUAAAUAUAAGGCCCGUCAUCCUAAGGAGAGUGACAGUAGUCAGGAAACGGGUGAAGUGGAGGGAGCAGCAAAGAUCUCAGAUGAUGAUAUGGAGAAAUGUACCAUAUGUUUAUCGUUCUUUGAAGAUGAAGAAGAAGUCAGACGGCUUCCUUGUAUGCAUCUUUUCCAUGAGGAAUGCGUGGAUCAAUGGCUGGUUACCAACAAACGCUGUCCUAUCUGUCGAGUAGACAUUGAGACUAGGAUGCACAAGGAAGUCUGAUAGUUAGGGCUCUUGUAACUCUAGGAAGCAGAAGAAUCUCUUGUUACAGGUGCUCUGUAUGAUGCCAGCUAUAUAAAUCACCGAUGGGAAGUGAUGUUGAAGUAUCAUGAAAAGAACCAUCUUGCACUAUUUUGUGUAUAUCUGACUUUGACAGCUGUAUCAGAGACUGAAAUGGGUUUAUAUUUAUUUACUAAUCCUGUGGAUAUCCAUUCUUAUUAUUUUUAGAAUAGGGUUCAUGAUUUUUUAUUGAUUUUACUUCAUUUCAUUUACAUCUCUUAUAAAUCCUCUUUCUAAAGCUAAGAUAUUACAUAAUUUUAAUUUUUUUUAAUUUUUAGAAAAAAAUCAUAACUGGACCCUGAGCAAACUCUUUGAAAUCCUUAAUUACCUAGUGUUUUUUUAAAACAAAUUCACUGCCAUAUCUUCAUAUAAAAGUAUAACUUAUGUUCUGUAUAAUUUGCUUACUGUAUAUAAUGAAGUUGUAUUUUUUCCAUUCUACCUUAUCCCCAAUUAUUUACAAAUCCAUUUACUUUGAUUUUGUGAACUGAUCUUGUUAAUGGCUUUAUCAUUUAUAUCAUAUUCACAGGAGAUACAAGUUUGUAAAUAUUCAUGUUUAGUUAGUUACAGUACUCAAUAAAAGUUUAUAAAAUGUAGGAUAUGACAGGUUAUCACCGAGGGAAAAAUGGAAGUGUAUAUUUAUAUUUUGGAAUUGUUUGGUUUGAUCAUUAUGAUUUCAUUAACAUAAUUCAUGUAACAUAUGUGCAUGCUGUCAUAUAGGCUUAUUAUGUCUGUCUGAAUUAUUGAUUAUGUAAAGAAUUAAAAGAUGUUUUUGCUUGAUCUUUUAUAAAAUAAUAUAUACAUGUAUAUCAGGAAGAUUUCAUUCCAAAUUUUGUAAUCUUCUUUACAUCUGCAAAGAGAUUCAACAUUAUGAUGACUAGAAGCAAAUAUGUUAGCUAGUCUCCGUUUCCUGCAUUGCACUUUUGAAUUAUAUUAUUUGAAGGUCUGUUGAAGAAUAAUGGUAUUGCAAUGUCCCAUAGACACUGGGAAUUAAGUGAAAUAUGCUCACUCAACUAGAUGUAUUGUGAUUUUGUUUUAUAAGUGGGGCUUGUGGCUCAUGGAUUGAUUGUUAAACUCUGUCAAUUGUAGAAAAUAUCACCACCACCAAGAUGAAAUAUAGAGUGCAAUAGUUAUUAUCUUUUGAUUAUUUUUAGUUAAUAUUUUUUAAAAUAGGUCUUGGUAAACACAUAGAAUGCAUAGCCAUUGCUUAUCAUUUCAGAGUCUGUCAAUUACCCUUACUUUACCAGAGAAAGUCCUGAUUUAUGGAUAAGAUAAAUUUUUAAAUUUGAUAACCUCUUUUCCUUCAAAUUUGUUUUUUUUUCUCGUCAAAAUCUCUCUUUAACUUGUUGAAAAGUCCUCAUUUAUGGAGCAUUCUCUAUUUUUAUUUCCCCAAUUCUUGGCCUUCUGUGGAGCAUUUAAUCAAUGUUUAUCAGUUGACACAAGUUGUCAGAUGUGAAAAUUAGUCAUGAUUAGCUGAAAAGUAUAGGUGUUUGACUGUUACUAUGGUAACUGUCAAAUGACAGACUUUGUGGGAGAAAAAAUCCAACAAGUCAUUUCAUGAACCUUCCCCAAAUUAGACAUUCAUGGAUUUUCAAAAUGAUUUUUUUUGUGUGUGAAACCAUUAAUGAUAGGAAAAGAAUACUUUGUAACUGUCCUAAUUUGCUUAAAUCCAGUGCCAUUGUAACUUUUAAUUCAUUUGGAAAGCUGAAUCAUUUAUAUCACUUGUGGGCGUUUAUCACAUAAGAAAAUCUCAAGAUGUGUAGUAGAAGGAAAAUGUAAGUCCUCUCUGGAACCACUAGUCGCCAUCAGUUUGAAAUAUCUCUUAGAGGAUGUGUCAUAAACUUAUGAGGUCUUUUGUGUAGGUCGUUAGAAACUAGUGGGCCAUUUCACUAUUAAAGUCAUGCUUGAGUACCAACUCCAACAUGGUAUUUAACACUAAAUCUCAUUGGUGAUUACGCAGUAAUAAUCUUAUGGUCACCAAGCACAAUCUGAUGAUUAUGAAGUGCAAUCUGACCAGUGAGGUGCUGUGUUGUAUACCACACAAAUUAAUCAAUUUGUGAUUUUUAAGUUGUACAUAACUCUUUGUGAAAUAUCCCUAGCUCCCAAUGAAAGUACUUAAUACAGUUCAAGAACAUGGGGCUACAUCUUGUCAGGUUUUUUUUUCUCUGUAAUGUCAAACAUAACUGCAUUUGUUUGAAAUAGAGUUUUAGUUUUUUUUUCUUAAAAGUGAUUUACAAAUUGCUGCUCUAAGAUAUCGUCAAAUUGAUUAUUUUUUUUUUAAACAGAGGUAAUAAACCCCAAGUUUUCCCAUAUAAAGCAGAUAAGUCUUUACAAUGAAUUGAAUGGAAAAUGAGUAAUGCUUUUAAUACCAGUGCAAAAGGACAACUUAUAAGCAAUCCAAGUCUUACCAAUAACAGUUCAUUGGAAUUAUCAAGGUAACUGUCACAGCAAAAUUGUAAUAACAUUAAUUUAUUUGGGAGUUGUGAAAUACUAGGGAUCAUUAAUUUUGGUCACAAUUUGUACAAUGGUUAUAAGACAUUUUGAAAUACUGGGAGAUUUACAAUGAUGACAAAUUUAUUGGAAAUUCCCUGAAUAGUGGUUAUUGAGGUUCACUAGUAUCUAUUGAAAUCAAUAAAAGUACAGAAAUUACAUAACAGAAGUUGUCACUUGGCAAAAAUGAUCAACCAACCUUACUGAAAUUGUAUACUCGCUACCCUCAUUAUAUGAAUUUGAAUCGACUAGAUCUGUAAAAAAAAAUAUAUAGAUUUAUAUGAAUAAAACAAUACUGAUCCAUGUUUAUAAUUAAUUGUAUUUCAUUGAAGAUAUAGAAAUCAAUAGUAUAUCAGUUUGAAUUAUUUAUGCUAUGUUGUGAUAUGACUAGAUGGUUGAAAUACAAUAUGGUAUGAUGGUAUAAAAUUCCCCUCUGCCAAAUAAAAUCCCCCACAUUUAAGAACGUAUUAAGUUCAUUAUCUUUUUAGUUUUGUGAGAAAAUACUAGUCCUAGUACUUGUAACUUCUUCCAAUUUAUUGCUCGUGAUAUCAAUUUGUAAUAUUUUGUGAAUAUUCACCCUCUAAUAAGAAAUUGCAAAUGAAUAUUAUGAAUACAACCAGGUAGUGCACAGCACAUAUAAUGGACUCUAAACCAAAGUAUGCAUGUAUAAGAAGACAGUAUUACGGUAAGAAUGUAAGUCACUUAGAAUUUAAUUCAUUAAUUUCGCUCAUUCUCUAUACAUUUCAUGUAUUUUUUCCAUACAGUAUACAUCACAUUUAUUUCAACAUUAAUUCACUGUUUGUGUGAAGUGACAUCCCCACUCUUUCUUGGUGAAAAGUUACAGGUAAAUGCAUUUUUAAAAAUCUUAAUAGCAUUGUAGAAAUGUGGUGUGAAUCACCUUUUCUGUUCAUUAAUUUCAUCCAAUUAGGAACAACAUAUCUAACUGAUGUUUGAAUUUUUAUUUAAUACAAACACCACACAUAAGAUCAAGUAUUUACCCUAUACACACAAAGAUGAGUGUUGAAGAAGAUAGUAUGGUUUUCCCAUUUUUAUUCCAUCAUAAUUCUAUUUCUUUGUCAAAGUUAGAAUGUGCAAAAUGUAUUAUUCUACCCGCACAAUCAUGGCUUGAGUACAUGAACAUGAAUCAUUGGGAUUACAGAAAUGAAAGAAUAAAUUAGUCAUUAAAUAGA